AUGCUCGUGCAUUCCGAAGGUCGACUUUAUUUGUGGCCUCUAUUGUUGGCCCAUCCCGCGAGCAAUCUUCUUUUGCUGUGGUUGAUUCGUGCCAUUCUUGAAGUCAUGCUGCCCACUGGAGAAUCGUCGACUACCAACCCCAUAAUCCAACCGAACUGUAGCAUCCACUGUGUUGAAGACUGGCCCGGAAGUAGUAGUAGCAGUAGUGGGGGCAGUGGCAGUGGUACCGCAAGCUUCUUGCAACUGCUCCAUGUUGGACUGGCCUGCCAGCGUGUUCGGCCGACCAACAAAAAGCCUGUCACGAAGCCGACGGUAGUAACAGAACAAGAUGAACAUACACACCAAGAGGUGACUGCAGGUGAUGCUGUGAAUGUGGUGAAAAAGCGGAAAUUGGCAAAAGUGAAGAAAAAAAGCGGUGGCCGUCGAAGCAAAAGGCACCAUAAGCGGAGGCAUCAGCGUCACAGACACAAAUUCAGUUCCCACUCUGCUCGGAAGUCUGGCAUAAGCCUGGAAGAGGCUCUCCUGGUGCUGGCUUUCUACAAGACGGUAGGUAGUACUUUUAUGGGCAAACAUUUGUUGUUGGCUUUAAAAGGCGUUUUUCCGCAGUUGUGGUACGGGCUUCUGUCUCAAGAAGCUUCGAGGGCUGUUCCCACCAAAUAUAAGUAA